AGUACUCCCAGACCAGAGCUUUCUAAAGAAGGAGGGAGAGUUAACAAUGGCUGAAAUUGAACAAUCUCCAGGAAGCUCCAUGCAUGGAGUGACAGGCAGAGAACAAAGCUUUGCCUUCUCUGUUGCUUCCCCUAUAGUCCCAACUGAUACAACUGCAAAAUUUGCUUUACCUGUUGAUUCUGAGCACAAAGCCAAGGUUUUCAAGAUUUUCUCCUUUGCCAAUCCUCAUAUGAGAACCUUCCACCUUUCUUGGAUUUCCUUCUUUACCUGUUUUGUCUCUACUUUUGCUGCGGCUCCCCUAGUUCCCAUCAUCCGUGACAACCUAAACCUAACCAAACGAGACAUUGGUAAUGCUGGAGUUGCUUCUGUCUCGGGAAGCAUCUUCUCUAGGCUCGUAAUGGGUGCAGUUUGCGACCUGUUAGGGCCAAGAUAUGGCUGUGCAUUUCUUAUUAUGCUUUCAGCUCCAACUGUUUUCUGCAUGUCGUUUGUGUCAGAUGCUGGAGGCUACAUAGCUGUGCGUUUCAUGAUUGGAUUUUCUCUGGCAACUUUUGUGUCAUGCCAAUACUGGAUGAGCACGAUGUUUAACAGCAAGAUUAUUGGUCUUGUAAAUGGCACUGCUGCCGGCUGGGGCAACAUGGGUGGAGGAGCGACUCAGCUCAUAAUGCCUUUGCUCUAUGACUUGAUUAGGCGUGUUGGUGCCACCCCUUUCACUGCCUGGAGGAUAGCCUUCUUUAUCCCUGGUUGGCUUCAUGUUAUCAUGGGAAUCUUGGUCUUAACCCUAGGCCAAGACUUGCCUGAUGGAAACCUCAGUGCCUUACAGAAGAAAGGUGACGUUGCCAAAGAUAAAUUCUCCAAGGUGCUAUGGUAUGCCAUCACAAACUAUAGGACAUGGAUUUUUGUCCUCCUCUAUGGCUACUCCAUGGGUGUUGAAUUGAGCAUAGAUAAUGUCAUCGCUGAGUAUUUCUAUGAUAGGUUUGACCUAAAGCUUCACACUGCCGGAAUCAUUGCUGCCACCUUCGGCAUGGCCAACCUCCUUUCUCGUCCCUUUGGAGGUUAUGCCUCUGACUUAACAGCUCGAUAUUUUGGCAUGAGAGGCAGGCUUUGGACCCUAUGGAUCCUCCAAACUCUAGGAGGAGUCUUCUGCAUCUGGCUUGGCAGAGCCAAUUCACUUACUAUUGCAAUCUUGGCAAUGAUCCUCUUCUCAAUUGGAGCUCAAGCUGCAUGUGGAGCAACUUUUGGCGUCAUCCCUUUCAUUUCCAGGCGAUCACUCGGAAUCAUAUCAGGCUUGACUGGGGCUGGUGGGAACUUCGGCUCUGGGUUAACCCAGUUAGUAUUCUUCACAAGCUCGACAUUCUCAACUGCAACAGGUCUUUCAAUGAUGGGGGUCAUGAUUGUGUGCUGCACUCUACCUGUGACAUUGGUUCACUUCCCACAGUGGGGGAGCAUGUUCCUUCCACCUUCUAAAGACGUGAAGAAGUCAACCGAAGAGUUCUAUUAUGCCUCAGAGUGGAAUGAGAACGAGAAGCAGAGGGGUUUGCACCAGCAAAGUCUCAAGUUCGCAGAGAACAGCAGAUCUGAGCGUGGCAAGCGUGUGGCCUCAGUUCCAACUCCAGCUGAGUCAACACCAGCCCAUGUUUAGACCAUAUUAAGCCAAGAUCAAAGUCAUGGAUGGCGCAUGGUGCAAUCAGUUAGGACAGAC